GGCGGGCGCGCCGCGAGAACUUGCAAGUGUGCGAAGGAAUCCGGCGCCCAUGAGAGCGGGAGGCGAGGAGGGCAAAGUGGAGGCUGCAGGCGAGACCCCGUCGCCGAGACCCGCUCGGCCCGGCGCUCCCGCCCAGGCGCGGGGCUGGGCGCUUCUGGCUUUUUGAUUUAUUUUUUCUCCUUUUAAAAAAAUUUUUUUUAAUUUUUUGGGUGCAUUUCCCCCCCCUCCCGUUUCCAUUCUCCUUUCCCCUCUCCGCUCCCUCUCUCCUUUAAAGCGACACCAGCGCUCUCUUUCUCUACUCUCCGUGCAUCACCCACCCCUGGCUGGCGCUUAUGGGCAUGAAACACUCCUCCCGCUGCCUGCUCCUAAGGAGGAAAAUGGCGGAGAACGCAGCCGAAAGCGCCGAGGUCAGCAGCCCCCCGUCACAGCCCCCUCAGCCCGUGGUCCCCGCCAAGCCUGUGCAAUGUGUCCACCACGUGUCCACCCAGCCCAGUUGCCCAGGCCGGGGCAAGCUGUCGAAGCUGCUGAACCCGGAGGAGAUGACCUCGCGCGAUUACUACUUUGACUCCUACGCUCACUUCGGGAUCCACGAGGAGAUGCUGAAGGACGAGGUGCGGACCCUCACGUACCGGAACUCCAUGUACCACAACAAGCACGUGUUCAAGGACAAGGUGGUGCUGGACGUGGGCAGUGGGACCGGGAUCCUUUCCAUGUUUGCCGCCAAAGCAGGAGCCAAGAAGGUGUUUGGGAUCGAAUGCUCCAGUAUCUCCGACUACUCAGAAAAGAUCAUCAAGGCCAACCACUUGGAUAACAUCAUUACCAUAUUUAAGGGUAAAGUGGAGGAGGUGGAGCUCCCGGUGGAGAAGGUGGACAUCAUCAUCAGCGAGUGGAUGGGUUACUGUCUGUUCUAUGAGUCAAUGCUCAACACGGUCAUCUUUGCCAGGGACAAGUGGCUGAAACCUGGAGGGCUUAUGUUUCCAGACCGGGCCGCUUUGUACGUGGUCGCAAUAGAGGACCGACAGUACAAGGACUUCAAAAUCCACUGGUGGGAGAAUGUCUAUGGCUUUGACAUGACCUGCAUCCGGGACGUCGCCAUGAAGGAGCCGCUGGUGGACAUUGUGGACCCGAAGCAGGUGGUGACCAACGCCUGCUUGAUCAAGGAGGUGGAUAUCUACACGGUGAAGACGGAGGAGCUGUCCUUCACGUCUGCCUUCUGCCUGCAGAUCCAGCGCAACGACUACGUGCACGCUCUGGUCACCUAUUUUAAUAUCGAGUUUACCAAGUGCCACAAGAAAAUGGGCUUUUCCACAGCCCCCGACGCCCCCUACACUCACUGGAAACAGACCGUCUUCUACUUGGAAGAUUACCUCACCGUGCGGAGGGGGGAAGAAAUCUACGGGACCAUAUCCAUGAAGCCAAAUGCCAAAAAUGUGCGAGACCUCGACUUCACAGUAGACUUGGAUUUUAAGGGCCAGCUGUGCGAAACAUCUGUAUCUAAUGACUACAAGAUGCGUUAGCACAGCGGGCGGCCGCAGAGCCAGCGGGACGCAGACCUCUGCCCUCCAUCGCGAGGAAUACUUUGCCGGACCCCAGCCCGAGCCGCGAGCCCCGAGCUCCGCCUGGAAGAUUGGUGGGCCCUGCCCCCCGGACAGAGAGCACCCCCCCACCCCACCCCGCGGCCCCCAGCUCUGCUCUGAGAUCCCUCACACAGGCUUCGCCAAGGUCGCGGACACAGUGCCACCCCCAAGUGCUCGAGCGUGGGGGGGGUGCGGGGAGGGGUGUCCCCGCAGAGGGCCAAGUCCUCGUGUAACCCCCGUUGUCCUCCUUAACUGUGAACCUCCGAAUCUUCCAAGUUUUGCAUGCUGCAGGCUCCUAGGACAGACUGCUUCAUAGAACCUGGAGGCGUAGUGUUUUUCGGUAGCAUCAGCCAGAUUCUCCGCGCGGUCGUGGUGUGUGCAUGCCUGCGGCGCCUGUGUGUGCAUGCAUGGAUGGCCGGGCGGGCACGCGUGCGCGUCCCUCCUGGGGUGCCUGUGUGCGUGCCCACGGCGCCCAUGUAUGCAUGCAUGGACGGCCGGGAGGGCGGGCACGCGUGCGUAUCCCUCCCAGGGUGCGUGUGUGCGUGCGUGUGUGCAUGCCUGCAGCGCCCGUGUGUGCACGCAUGGAUGGUCGGGCGGGCACGCGUGCGUGUCCCCCCCCCCCGGGGUGCGUGUGUGCGUGCGUGUGUGCAUGCCCGCAGCGCCCAUGUGUGCAUGCAUGGAUGGCCGGGUGGGCACGCGUGCGUGUCCCUCCGGGGGUGCGUGCGGCCGUGUGCGUGCGUGCGUGCGUGCUUGCGUGCGCGCGUAGACGCUCUAGUGCGCUCAGAGGAGAUUCUGUCGCUUUCCAGUAGGACCUUGUUUUGUGUUUAGUUCGCCCCACCUCCCCCACCAGAUGUUAAGCAGCUAUGAAAACGUUCCUCGUAGCGCGGCCCCGCUCGGGGGCUCCUUCCCACGAGACCGGGGCUCGAGCCCCGAGCACAGUGCCACGCCACGCGCUGGGCACUCAAUAAACGCACACGAGAGUCGA